AUGCAAGUGGAUGAGGCAGACGCUGAGCAAAAUCCCGAAUCUCGAAAGAAAAGCCGUUGGCAUCGGCGGUUCCGAAGAACAGCAGUCGCUUGUGUCUUCAUAAACGGCAAAGCUAAAUUUAGCGCAAGCUUACGCUUCCAUCAGAACGUUGUAAGCACAGAAACGGCUCUUCCAUUCUUCCCUUCAUCUAAAACAUUUCUCAGAGCACAUCCUCGUGUUUUAACCCCUCCUCGAAACUCAAAUUUUCACGCGAAACAUUCGGUGUACGAACAGCAUGGCUGGGACGUCAUUUCGAAUAUUACGUUCUGGCCCAGACCAAGGGCGUCUAUUUGGGUAGCAGACCCGGACGCCGUUAAAGAACUCACUUUGUCAAGAGAUCGGUUUGCAAAGCCUGUUGGCAUGUAUAAGCUACUCUCCUUUUUCGGAGGCAAUAUUGUUGCUUCUGAAGGAGAGGAUUGGAAGAGGCAUAGAAAGAUUGCACAGCCAGCAUUUUCAGAAAAAAAUAACAAACUUGUUUGGGAUGAGACUUCCCGCAUUGUCAAAGAAAUGAUUAUAUCGUGGGGAGCCGACAAGGAUAGUAUCGAAAUCGAACAAGUUGUAAACUUUACUCUUCCCAUUGCCCUCAUGGUCAUUGGUUCUGCUGGCUUCGGUAAGAGGGUGGCGUGGAACGAAGACUUAGCCGUACCCGAGGGGCAUAAGAUGUCGUUCAGGACUGCACUGAGUGUAGUCUGCAAGGAUCUGUUUCUCAAAAUCAUCAUCCCCAGAUGGGCAUCAGGCUUGACUCAGCGUUACCAUAAUAUCCAUACAGCGUUUAAUGAUCUUCAGGUGGUAAUUUCUAAAAGCUACAGAAAGCGCACGCCCCUCGAUGACGCAUCUCACUCGGACCUUUUCAGCAACCUCAUCCGUGCGAGUGAGGCCGAGGAAGAGAGUAAAAGUUUGUCUGCCGAAGAGCUGAUGGGAGAUACAUUCAUAUUCCUUCUUGCUGGUCAUGAGACUACAGCCCACACGCUUGCAUUCACGUUUGCUCUACUUGCUCUCUACCAAAAUGAGCAGGAACAACUAUAUCAACAAAUCAGGACGAUCAUUCCGGAAGGUCAAGAACCGGUCUACGAGGACAUGCAUUUACUGACAAGAUCGAUGGCCGUAUUCUAUGAAACUCUCCGACUAUUUCCUCCGGUUAAUAUCAUCCCGAAGGUGCCCUUGGAGGAAACAACACUGUCUUUUAGCUCCGCUAUUGCUAACGGCGAACAGCACGGUUCUGAAAUUAGAAAGCAGAAGACCGUUCGAGUACCGAAGAAUGCACGAGUGCACAUUCAUGUUCCGGGGUUGCAUUACAAUCCCCGCUAUUGGGACGAUCCUCACGAAUUUAGACCUUCACGUUUUCUAGGCGACUGGCCAAAGGAGGCAUUCUUGCCGUUCUCCGGGGGUCCUCGAGCCUGCAUCGGUCGUCGAUUCUUUGAAACCGAGGGUAUUGCCACACUCUCUAUACUUGUGUCGAGGUACAGGAUCGCGAUCAAAGAGGAUCCGCGAUUUACUGGGGAAAGCUUUGAGAUGAAGAAAGAGCGCAUUUUGAGAUGUAAGGCUGGCUUAACACUGACACCGGUACACGUUCCAUUAGUAUUUAUUAGACGUAAAGAAUCGUAGACGGAGUGUAGACAUGUUGACUGAUUCGAUCUGCUUACAUAACUACGUUUAAAACGCAAAUUUAGACAAG